GCACUAACCGAGCAAAGAGGACAGCGCCGGGGUCCGCCUCGGGAGAUUACAUGCAAGAGAGAUGAGGACGAUAUCUACAGCUGUGGUUAUUCAUCCAAGAGAGAUCCUGAAAAAUCCAAAGAACAAGGUGUCCUCCAUAACUAACCACCUCAUGGAAAGACGCUGUAGACUGAAUGCACGGCAGAUUAGCGAAAAAGACACAGUGCCAUCUCUUCUGCCAUCUGUUUCUGCAUCUAGACACGAGUCGACUGAACGAAUGACGCAUGAGGACAUGGACAGUGGCAGUGACCUUUCAGACACCGAGAGGAUCCCACAGCCUGCUUCCACUGCUGAACCCCCACUGCUUUGCCUACGAGAAGAAGUCAUUGAGUCCUCCGACUUCCAACCAUCACAUGCUCCAUCUAGGUCACGCAACACCUCUCGUAACAGCUACCCUGAUUUCCUACCUCCGCCUUUUAACUCCUGGAGCCUCCGAGACUUGGCGAUGUACUUAAACACUGAUGGUAAAAACAUCCCACGCUCUAGACCUGUUAACCAGUUUGAGAGAUACUUGGACCGACUUCUGCAGCUAGAAUGGCGGCAAAUCCUAACACUCCACGAAGAGAGCAGCAAGUCCACAUGGAUUGUACGGCGUAGAUCCCAUUCCAAUCUUAGUGCCCCAAAAAGCAUCCUGCAGUGCCAGCGUGCCUUUCCCUUCACCUUACUGUCUUCCGUCCAUCCACAAACCUGCAACCGUUACUCUGUGUCUGUAUGUACAUACGCUCACAACUCGCACCCGUUGACAGAAAAAAGUAGACUCCCUAGAAGGAGCAGUAGUGAGACUCGGCCUCAACGUCUCAACACACUCAGCGAUUCUUCUUUGGACCAUCUGAAACGCAUGCAGGCCAUCGGGAACAUCCGUAACCCGUCAGCACACAGUCCUUACAUGAACAUUUCAAUGGGAGUAGAUCCUCUGAGGAGAAAGAGCUCAGGGAGAAGGAGUCGCUCCUGUGAGGACGAGAGCAAAGACGGUUAUGGAACAAUGCAAUCUGAGAGAAGAACAGGAGCUCCCCUUGUUACAGAUUCAAAUUCUUCAGGUUCUACCAUUUCUGAGAAAGAACAAGUCAUUGAAAGGACAGCUGUGAAACACAAGCAUGUUGAGUUUGUUUUUCAAGAGCAGUAA